AUGUGCUUUGAGUGUGAGAAGACUUUUAUUACAGCUCAACAUUUGAAACUGCACGAGAGGAUCCACACUGGAGAGAAACCUUACACGUGUUCACGCUGCGACAAGAGAUUCAUUCAGUCAUCACAACUGAAAACACAUGCGAGGAUCCACACUGGAGAGAAACCAUUCAAAUGCAAUCAGUGUGGGAAGAGUUUUACAUACAAAGGAGGCCUUAUGCUGCAUAUGAGGGUUCAUACGGGAGAGAAGCCGUUCACAUGUGAUCAGUGUGGGAAGAUAUUCGCACGAACAUCAAAACUUAAGGAUCACAUGAACAUCCACACUGGAGAGAAACUGUAUGAAUGUGAUCAGUGUGGGAAAACAUUUUUGUGGGCUUCAAACCGGAAUGAUCACCUGAAAGUUCAUUCAAAGGAGAAACCACAUUCAUGUUCUUUGUGUGGCAAGAGUUUUUCACAUCUGCAGAAAUUAAAAGUUCAUCAGAAGAUACACACUGGUGUGAGAAAUCAUAUGUGCUUUGAGUGUGAGAAGACUUUUAUUACAGCUAAAGAUUUAAAACGGCACCUGAGGAUCCACACUGGAGAGAAACCGUAUCACUGCACUGCAUGCGGGAAGAGUUUCAGUCGUUCAUCUUAUCUACGCAGUCAUACAAAAAAGAUUCACAGUCAGUAGAUCAUCUGGAUUUUUAAUUUUCUGUCGAAUAGGCCGCAAGUGGUAAAAGUGGACAAUUCAUUAUCACCCACCAUUGUUCUUAAUACUGGUGCCCCCCAAGGAUGUGUAUUAAGUCCAUUUCUUUACAUUCUCUAUACGAAUGUUUGUCAGAGUCCCAUCUACUACUAUUCAUUAUUUUAAAUAUGCAGAUGACACAGCUAUUCUUGCGUUGCUCAAAAACAGUGAUAACGAUUCUUUUUUGGACUAUCAACGUUCCAUAACAUAUAUUAGCACCAUGGUGUGAUGACAAUUUUUUACAUCUUAACAUUUCAAAGACUAAAGAACUGGUUUUUAGCUCCUCCAAAACACAGAUCCAUCUCAGUAUUGACAUUAACGCAGAGAUGGUUGAAAGAGUCGAGCAUUUUAGCUAUCUUGGCAUUACAUUGGAUGAUCAUCUCAGUUUUAAUCAGCAUAUCUUAAGUAUCCAUAAAGGCUGUCAGCAGAGACUUACAGUGCUCCGUAAACUUAAGCAGCUGUCUGUUCAGCCUCGUCUCCUUCUUCUCCUGUAUUGGAGUAUUAUUGAGCCCGUUCUUAUGUAUGGUGCCGUUUGUUUUUUUUCAUAUGCUUACAGCUGUUAACGGGAACAAACUUUUAAAGAUGCCUCAUUUGGCUAAAACACAUAGGAAAUUAGCCAUCGUCUUACACUCUUGCAAUUUGUAUGUACUUGUAAGGUACCUGUCCUUGUGUUGUAUACGCACCUUCUGUGAAAAUGAAUUUCCUCUGUGGACAAAUAAAUAAUCUAUCUAUCUUCAGAUCCAGCACUUUCAGGUGUGAUGCUGCGUCCUCACCAAACAUGACACAAUAAUACAUCAAGCAAUAAAAUCUCGUAUAAAUCUGUCAUAAGCAGCCAAAACAAAUGACAGGACAAAGAAACAUCAUCUAAAGUUUUCACUGUGAAUGAAGUUCAUC